AUGAACCUCCAGCUCACUUCACUUCGGAUAAAAUCAUUUUCCUUGCUUUCAAAGUCAUCUCUUGAAAGAUACGACUCUGGAGAUUUCGAAGCUGGAGGCUACAAAUGGAAACUCAGGCGGUUCCCAAAAGGAAACAAGAACAAAAAUGGGGAAGGGCAAAUCUCUCACUACUUGGUAAUGUCGGAGACAGACUCUCUCCCACCAGGUUGGGCGGCUGACGCCUUAUUUAGGCUAUUGGUGCUUGACCAAAUAAGGGACAACUUCCAUAUAUGGUUAGAUGCCAAUGGAAGAGCAAGAAGAUUCGGUGAAACAAAGAUUCAAUCUGAGUGCGACAGAUUCAUUACCCUUAAAGAGUUCAAUGACCCUACCAAGGGAUACUUGGUGGAUGAUACCUGUGUGUUUGGAGCUGAAGUUUUUGUCCACAGAUGCAGUGUUGUAGGCAAAGGGGAGUAUCUGUUGAUGACAACCGGACCCAGCAAUUGUAAUCUCAGAAAACAAUCAAUGAGCUACUUGGUGAAAGAUCUCCGCAUCAUUGAAGCACACUUUCUACUCAUUGGAACAAUUGAGAAACAGGACCCGGAAUCAGAAUGA